UUUGUACUGAACAGACGGCUCGUGUAAAUAAACGAUCGUACAAAUAUAUAAUCACACGCAAAGCGAUUUGUAAGAAACCACGUGUACCACCACCGGGGGCACUUUUCGGAUUCUUUCUCAUAUUGUGUGCUGCAGCCCUGCAGGAGAAGGUACUUAUAUGUAUAUAUAUAUAUAUAUAUAUAUUUAUAUAUAUCAUCCAAUUCGUCGAAUCUCCGGAAUUCCAAUCUUCUAUGCAACGUGUGAUCAACUGAAAAUAUCCUUUCAGAAAGGACUGUGACGACAAUGCCAACGCAAAGAAUAAUAUUUACGUAAAUUCAGCUUCGAUUUUUGUGUGGAAAUCGGGAAAGAAAGAUUCAAGGGGGUCUAAACAAUGGCCACCAGCAAGAAUCGUAAACAGUAAACGGAAGCAGUUGUCCGAACAACUUAAUUCAACGAAAUUAAUGUCAAAAGUCAAACCUUUGAUAUCUCCAAAUUUAAUUGAAAAUCUAUUCAAACAAACCAGAUUUACCAAAAAAGAAAUUGUAGGAUUAUGUAAAUUAUUUAAAAAACUCGUGGCUACUUAUGGUGCUGAAUCGACAUCUUCUGUGGCGGCUAUGAGUUCAGCUGCUUUGAUAACGAUUCCAACUCAGGGUUUUGAUCGGUUAAUGUUCAGAGAAUUAUUACAGAAUGAAUUUGGAAUCACUACAGAAGAAAUUUUAACUGAUCGCAUAUUCUGUUUUUUUGAUCAACGUAAUGAUGGUGUUAUACACGAAGAUGAGUGGGUAAUAGGGCUAUCAGUGUUUUUGAAAGGUACUCAAGAGGAACGUAUCAAGUAUACGUUUACUAUAUAUGAUCUUAACAAUGACGGUUUCAUAACAAAAGAAGAAAUAUUCAGUUUGUUAAGGAACUGUUUGGUGAAACAUCCGCAGGACGAGGAUCCUGAUGAAGGUGUUCGAGAACUGGUAGAUAUAGUGCUACGCAAAAUGGAUUGCGAUAAUGAUGCAAAACUUUCAUUUGAAGAUUUUUCCACUGCUAUAAACAAACAAUCACUAUUGCUAGAAGCUUUUGGACAGUGUUUACCGUCCAGAGAAAUCUCCGAGUACUUUUUAAAUUCGAUUAGCAAUGUGCAGUAAAUAUUGAGUACGCUUUUAAAUUAAUCAGAAAUCACUGAUUCUUUGUAAAUAAUUACAUGAGUUGCAAAUACAGAUAAGAGUUAAAUGUAGAACAAUAUAGUGAUGAACAUUA